GGGCGAGAACUGGUCUCUGCAGGAGGGGAGGGAAAUGGCUGUGCCAAACAGAUUCCCUCUGUGGGGCAAAGGGGACGGGAAGCUUCAGCUGGUUCCCUCAGGGUGGGAAGGUGACAUAUGAAUCCCUGCAGAGGGUAAAGGAGGAGUCAAUGGCUCGGACCCCACAGCAGGUAGAGGUGGCAUCACUUUCCUGUGGGCCUCCACGGAGGAUGGGGGUGCUGAAGGAGUCCUCUCAGGAGAUAGGAAAGAAGGAGAUGGAGGUGAGCUUCCCUCCCAGGCAGGUGCAGGUGGUUGCCCUUCUCCCAGACCUGCUGGUGUAUAACAAUCACUCCCUCCAGUGGAUGCUGCCUUCCAUGGAGACCUUCAAUGGAGUCUUGCUCUGCGUGGAGAUUACAGGAUUAACUGCUCUCCUUGAAAAGCUAUGCACAAUGAAUGACCUGAACUGUGGCAUGGAACAGCUAACCCAGAUGCUCAAUGAUUACACAGAAGGGAUAAUGGAGCAUGUGCUUUGUUUCGGAGGAGAUAUCUUGAACUUCACAGGGGAUGCAUUGCUGGUGCUCUGGAAGGUCGAACGAAGCCAGCUCAGUGACAUCAUUACACUUGCAGCAAAAUGCAGCCUGGAGAUGCAGGAGCAGUUUGGGUUUAGCUACACGAAAGUGGGCCCAGAGCUCCGACUGAAGAUCGAGCUGUCUGCAGGCCAUGUGUCUCAGCUCAUUGUCGGUGAUGAGAUGUGUCAGUACUGGCUGGUGACUGGCCAGCAAGUGGAUGAUGUGAGGCUGGCACAAAGCCUGGCACAAGCUCGUGAGGUGAUUCUAUCACCGAACUGCUGGGAGCUCUGUGACCGAGAUGUGUUAGAAGCAGAAAUGCUUAGCCAAAAAGCCAUGAAGCUGCAAUACUUAAAGAUCUUCCAUCCACCUGAUUUUGAUGAACACUUUGAAAAGUGCAUAGACCAUCUACAGCAUUAUCCAAACGAUGAAGGUGAGAUCCUCACAUUCAGCGUCCAAGCCAACAAGAAUCUGGCCUUGUGGAGGUUUGUCUUGGGAAAUGUUCUGAAGAAGAUUGAUGACAAUCAGCCACUGGAGUUUGUAUCCGAACUUCGACUGGUAACCGUGGUCUCUGUCAAGCUGCAAUUUCACGAGAGCACAAAAAUGACAGAGCUGUGCAAAUUGGUCCAGGAUGCCACUGUGAGCAUCUCUGGUAUCAUGGAGGGCUGGAGAGGCAAAAUUAUCAAAAUCUCCACGUUUGGCAAAGGCUGCACGUUUCUGUGCAUCUUUGGGCUGUCUGGUGAUAAGAGGGAGGAGGAGAGCACCCAUGCCUUAGAUAGUGCAAUUAGCAUCUCUAAUCUCUGCUCUAAGAAUCUCAUAAAAAUUGACCUGGCUAAAUGCGCUGAUCUCAUCCCUUUUCUUUUUCAGGCAGCGGAAGAAGUGACACUGGUUUUCAUCAUUGAUGAAGCCCAGUACAUCGAUGCUACUUCCUGGGAUUUUUUGGCAAAACUCCCCUUGAGUGUCCCCAUCUUUAUAGUCCUGUUAUUGUCUCCCUUUUCCUCCAAAGAGCUGCUCCCUUGUGCUGCUGUUGAGGGAAUCAUGAAGAGCCCCAAGACCGCUUGCAUUCUUCUCUGGGAACUGGAGCCUUCCAAACUCUUGGAGAUGGCCCAUCAGGCCCUUGGGGUGGUGAGCAUUCCCAGAGAGAUGGAAACAGGUGAACAGGAGUUCCUGGACAGGGUGGACAAGCUGAUUAAGUACCAUAAACGUGGCAAAGAGGAAGCCACAAACCUGGCACCCUGUGAAUGUGGAGAGAGAGUGGAAUUGGUGGUCUCUGACCUAGCCCGCCAUUGUCUGAUGGUGAAAGACAGAAUGAGGGCUUUUCAUUAUCUUCUGGAGUCUGCGGCUGCUUCCUUAUAUUUAUCCAACAAUUAUAUGAGACCUAAACUGAAGAUCAACCAGUUUGAGGAAGCCACUUUCUGCAGCCUCACGGGAGAGGUCUGCUUCAACAUGGGCCAAAUCGCACUGGCCAAGAAACUGAUCAAGAGGGCCCUCUGCUUACUGCACAAGGGGUUUCCCCGUACCUGGCUCGGAGCCUUCUUCCAAUCGUUACUCGAAGAAUCCAAAUACUCUGCGUAUCAUACUCAGCAGCGUCAGGCUCAACACACAGAGAAGGCAUUAGCUGUCCUGCAGCAGCAGAUUCACUGCCUCUCCUUGCUCAGGCAGUUCUACAGCCUGGACUCUACCACCAUCAGGAAGUACUCCCAGCUGGCAGCCCUGAUGGAAAUAAAUUUGGCAGAUGAGUCUGAGAACAAGAUGCAGAUCAUUUCGAUGUAUAUGGAUUUUUCACAGUUCUCCCAAAGUAUGGGCUAUAAAGACGAGUGGCUAAAAUACGAGAUGAUGGCUAUCCAGAGAAGUUCCCAGUGCAACUUCACCUUCACCAGGGAGAGGUUACUAAUGACAAUGCAGUUAGCCCAGGCAAUGGCCUAUAGCAAGCUCUGCUUGCGUCAUCUGACCCGAUCCAUCCAGCUGGGCUUUCAAGCUCAUACAAUGUGUGUGCGGCUCCGGAAAACCAGCCUCCACUGCCUGGUUCUUUCGGUUCUCUUCAAAUCUGCGUUCCUGAAGAACAAGUACGCCCAAUGCAUCAGAGUCUUAGAGUGGCUGUGGGAACUUGCUACUCAAGAGGAGCACAUCAUUGUCUUGGCAUGUUUCUAUUCAGCCUGUUUAGACCUGCUGCUUUGUGAUGCUGAUUCCUGGAAUGCCAGGUCCUGUUGCUCUGGAGAGUCAUGGAAGACACGCCUGAGACGGUCCGGGAGGCUCGCAGUACAAUGCUCGGGUCUAUCACACAAGGGUUUACAGCCUGAAAGCCUCUGUUAACCUCCUGGGAGAUGAAGAUAAGAGCCAGGUCCCUUUGUCGAAGGGUCUCAAACUUUCGGCCACUUCCCAGACCGGACUGGAGGAAACUUCUUUCAGUGUGAGCCCUGACGGUGUCCACAACGAGUAUCAGGGCACCGGCAGAGUUGAAGAGCUGAAGGACAGUAAAGAUCAGGAUGUAGAGGGCACACGAGAACUCAAGAAAUCGAGGCUGAAAUCCAAACCCAUGCCGAAGGAAUUGACCUUUGUUCAUCUCCAGCUGGGGCAAGCUCCCAUGUCCCCCCACGCUCUGCCUGCUGGUGAGCCUAUGGAAUACAUCGGCAUUGCACCCUGCCCAUUGCCCUCGAAGUCCAGAAAACCCCAGGGUGCUGGUGACAAAGCCUGAGGGGGCAGGAGAGACUGUCAGAGCCGGGACAUUGCUCGGGAGGGUGGAGGGUUUGCUGGGAUCUGGAGCACGUACAUUGAAAACCUGCCUCGUCAUGGCUCAGAGGCCAGCAGAGAAUUGGAGGAAGGACGCUAUGGAAAAAGGGGGGGAAACUGACACAAAGGGAUUCUUUUCUUUUAGUCUGUGUAGCUUAGUGGUGUUUAUGGGACCCUGGAGUGAUUGGGUAUAACUCUGUAUUCAAGGGGUAUGAUUACACUACAGUCAAACACCCGGGACUGGCUCGUGUUAACUGACUCGGGCUUGCAGGGCUCUGGCUGUGAGGCUAUCAAAUUGCAGUGCAGCUAUUUGGGCUAGAGCCCGGGCUCUGAGGGGUCUCAGAACCAGCUGCGGGUGUUUCACUGUAGUGUAGACAUACCCUAGGAUAACCUCGGAGCGGGACAAGGUUCUGUGAUAGUCCUACUGAGACCCCUCUUCCAGCAGAUAUAUCUCCUGAUAGGGAUAUUGAAAACUUGCACCUGAACUCUUGGGCAGUGUAUAACAACAGUCCUGCUAUGGAAUCUGUUCCAUUGUUCUUCCAGGAACUCAUUCCUCCUGCUAAUGCAUUGGGAAUUCCUGCAAAUAAUCUUCCCCAACAUAAUCUUCCUCCUGCAGGGACCAGCCACAAUCGUAUUAAUAGCAUAGAUUUUAAUGGAAGCUGCAACAGUUUGAAAUGUGUAUCAUUUAUAAUACAUUUAUUUAAGCAUAUUUAUAAUGUGCCAUAGAAGUGAAUACAGAGCGACUCCCAACACCCACCCACCCACUGUUAACUCUGCAUUACGAUACAGUUUUACUUUGCACAAUCAUAUGGUCUUCGGUGAGGCACCAGUUUAGCAAAGCACUUGAAGUCUCAUGGAAGUCAGGAGAUGUCCUCGCAGGCUUAUCGUCAAGCAUGUGCUUCAGUGCUUUGCUGAACUGGGGCUCAACGGAGGGAGGUGAUUGAAAGGUAGCCACUGUGGAGUUAACUGAACUGUUAGAGAAGUUGUAAGACUGAAAAGGAAAUGUAGCAUGUUCCUUAUAUUUCACAGCACUUCCCUGUUGGGCGCUGUGGCUUAUCAGAGGGAGCCAGUUUCCUGAUGAGGGGUUUAUAGCCGCCUAUCACUAAAAAUAGAGCCACUAGAGAAAGUAAAUGCACCUCACCCUUUCACUGCAUUUAUUUCCCAGUGGCUGAAUCCUGCUACUGGUCCAUGCUAGCAGUAUAGCUGUUUUUUCCAGGGAAGUUCUUUGCAUCUCUGUCCCAGUCCUUUGGAUCCAUCCCCUCCUUCUUUGCUCCUUUUCACCUGCUUUGCACUCGUACCCUCCCAUGGCCCCAUGUUACUGUGCAAUAUCUGUGGUUGUGGGACUCCCUGCAGCACCUGUCAUCCUUGCUCCCUGUUUGAGAGGUCCCUGCUGGGCAAUGCAGGUCACCAACUCUCCCCACCAAGGAGCGAGUGUGUUACCACUGCAGAAUUCCCUGCGCCUGCUUGGCCAUGGGGACAAGAAACAAGAAAGUAGACACAGGCCUAUCCUAUCAAUAGGCCACAAGGUAAAUAAGCCUUA